AUGAAAACUAAAAAACUUCAUUUCGUUGUUUUUUUGACAACUUUUUUACUAUUUUUUUUUGAAUUGAUUAAAUCUGAAGAACAAAAAGAAUUCCUAGAGUUUUAUGGAAAACCAAACUAUAACAAUGAAGAAAUUAGUAUUCAGGAAGAAGCUAGCAUUAAAUUAUUAUCGGAAGAAUUAGUUAUUAUUGAAAUAGAUUUCUUUUUGGUUGGACUAAAUAAUCUAAUAGGUACUAGAUUUUGGUUUGAUUUGCAUGAAAUGAAUUCACACGAACAAAUAGUUUUAGCUAUAAUAACAUAUUUAAAUUGUAUACACAACCCAAACCACAUGAUACACAAAAACAGGAUAGUUCGACACUAUAUUAAUAACCAAGUGAGCAUCAAAAGAGAAGUUCUUAGUGAUUACAAUGGCUAUCGUGAGCUUUUAGAAGCUAUGGUCACAAAAUUUGUGAGAAAUACAAGUAAAUUUAAUUGCUACAGAAUGAAAACUGUAUUAGCAAUGAUUUAUUUGAUUUUUAAUGGUGAUUACAAACAUACGAUUUCCGGAUUUCUUCUUUUUUUAUUAAUAUGUUCUUACAAGGAACUGGUAUUUAGUUCAUUUUCUUUGAGUUUCAUAAAAGUUAUGAAAAAUGAACAUAAUUUGGGUUCAAUAUUAAUUUAUUUAGGUGGGAAUGACAUUUCAGAAUUAUUAAACAAGAUUAAAGCAGUUAGCUAUCAAUACUCUAAUGUAAAAUAUCCUGUUUCCCCUGAAACCCAAAAUAUUAAAAACCCUAUAUACACUGAAAUGAUUUCAGUCGAAGAGUUAGGUUUUAAGUUUUGCUUGUCAAUUCUGGAACUUGCUGCUAAUGGGGCAGGAAUAAGUGAUUAUAAAUUAUUGACGUUGUUUUUUGGGUCAAGAAUGGACACGGCAGCAGAGGUAUUACUCUCAAUAGAUAUUUUAAAGGUAGCUGGUAGAUUUGGGUCUUCUAUUACAGAAUGUAUAUCAUUAUUAAUUAAUGAUCCUAAUGUAUUUUAUAGUGUAAAAAGUAAAAUAAUGACCUUAUAUGGAUUAGAUAUCAGUAAUUUUAAGUCAAAAUUCAAUGAUUGUGUUCUUUUGAAAGACAAAUAUACUGUUUUAAAUGGAAUUGUUAAUUAUACAGAUUACCAAAGGAAAGCGAAGACAAGGUCAAAGAGCAGAUCCAGAGAAACGAAGAUUUCUUUAAGAUCAAAGUACUCAUUUCUUUAG